GGUCGUGUUUUGAGUAUCUGACUCUCUUCUCUGAACUGGGUUCCUCUCUAGCUCUCUCUCUGAUUCUCUUCUCUCUUCUUUGUUAACUUGUUCUUGAUUACCUGGUUCUGAAAUGGCUGAUGGGGAGGACCAUGACUAUCUUGACUCCAAGAUGGUGGUGCCAUUGAACACUUGGGUGCUGAUCUCCAACUUCAAGUUGUCCUACACCCUUCUCCGUCGCCCUGACGGGGAUUUUAACCGCCACCUGGCUGAGUUUCUUGACCGGAGAGAGCCAGCCAAUACAAUCCCAGUUGAAGGGGUUUUCUCAUUUGAUGUCAUCAUUGACAGAGAAACUAGCUUGCUGACUCGAGUCUAUCGACCCGCUAGUGCUGAUGCCCCGCCAAACCUGACCAUUUUUGAUCUCAUGAAGCCUGUGGAGGAUGAGAUUGUUCCUGUCAUUAUUUUCUUCCAUGGUGGAAGCUUUGCUCACUCAUCCGCCAACAGUGCCAUAUAUGACAUUAUGUGCCGCAGACUUGUUAAGACUUGCAAUGCUGUUGUCGUCUCGGUGAACUAUCGUCGAUCACCUGAACACCGAUAUCCAUGUGCCUAUGAUGAUGGAUGGACAACCGUGAAGUGGGUGAACUCCCGGUCCUGGCUUAGAAGUACAAAGGACUCCAAAGUUCACAUUUAUCUGGCUGGUGACAGCUCUGGUGGCAACAUUGUACACAAUGUUGCUUUGAGAGCAGCAGAUUCUGAAAUUGAUGUGUUGGGUAACAUACUGCUCAACCCAAUGUUUGGUGGGCAAGAGAGAACUGCAACUGAGACACGCCUGGAUGGAAAAUACUUUGUCACUAUCCAAGACCGUGACUGGUAUUGGAGAGCUUUUCUCCCUGAAGGAGAAGAUAGGGACCAUCAUGCAUGUAAUCCAUUUGGCCCAAGGGGUAUAAGCGUUAAAGGUCUCAAGUUCCCAAGGAGCCUUGUGGUGGUGGCUGGUUUGGAUCUUGUUCAGGACUGGCAACUAGCUUAUGCAAAAGGACUUGAGGAUGCUGGCCAGGACGUCAAACUUCUAUAUCUUGAACAGGCCACCAUUGGUUUUUACUUGUUGCCAAACACUGUGCAUUACCACACCGUGAUGAAUGAGAUGAGUAGCUUUGUGCGUUCUGAUUGUUAAUAAGAUUGACUGUGUCAACGUGCCACAUGAUAUAUAACGUAAGUUUGACAUUGUGCCCUGGCUAAUGAAGGGUUUGUUUGCAGUGUGUAAGUUUGUGUAGCUAGAAUAUUCACUGUUGUAUUGAUAAUUGUGGCACUACCAUCCUGCUGGCUUCUGGUUCUUGGUCUGACAUCGUUUGUUCUGGUGGUGGUGGACAUCAGAGUUUCCGAAAGUUUUCAGGAAUUUUGGUUGGAUAAACCUUGGCAGACAGCAGGAUCUACUUAACUGUGUUUAGCAGUCCCACUGAUUUGGAAUUCAGCACUCCAACUUCUGUUGGAUGAUCAAUGAGUUGAUGACUAGCUAAUGUUAUAUAUAUAGCUAAUUUCUGAACGUGGAUGGAGAAGCUUUAAGUUUCCAUGUUAUCAUGAUGUUGUAUUGUUUAUAUGUAUAGGAAGUGUGUGUAUCAGCUGGUGCUAUUGUAAUAAAUUAUAUCUGUUAUUCAUGUGUUUUGAUUAAUUGCAUUAGUUUCUUAUGUCUAGUCCUUGAGGAUGAAGAAGCUCAAACUAUUGUUGCCUAGCUCAUUAGCUUCAUCCUUGAGAUCUGGAUGGUUAAUGCUUGGUUGGAUUAUUGUUCUGAAAGUCUGAGACAGAUUGAUAGUGCAGGUUCCAUACAAGCUUUACUGCUUGAAGUCUUUGUAAUGUGAGUUUAAAUGAACAUAUGCAUAACCAUAUGUAAAAGGUGGAUGGUGGAGUUAGAAUAUGAUUGAGGA